AUGGAAGUUUCUACACGUUCAGCAACAAGCAGCAUGGAUUUAAGCACAAUGUUUGCGGCUAUUAUGGAAAAGAUGGAAGGAAUGCAAAUGAAACUUCUAGAAACUAUUAAAGUAAACAACGAGAAGCUUCUAGCUGAACUUCAAGAAUCUUCUAGAGCCACAGAUAAGAAAAUUCAGAAAGUGUCUGAUGUUAUUAACAACAGUGUGGAUGGCAUUGAUAAAAAGGUGUCGGACUUGAAUAAUGUUCAAUGUCAAGAAGAGGCAGUUGUAGAGGCUUUAAAUGAGAAACAAUGUAAAACCAAAAUUAAAUGUUAUAACUGUCGUAAAAUUGGUCAUACUCAGCGAAACUGUAGAGCACCAAGAAAGCGAACCAGAUAUGUUUCACCAUCAAGAAAUAACCAGCUGGCGAAUCAUCAAGCAUUACAGGAGCCACCUUUAAAAAGAGCUAGCACUGAGGCAGAGGAUUUGGUAUGGGCCCGUGAGGAAGUGAAGGAUUGUAUAGACAAUGGUUGGUUGGUGUUGGAACCAGCAGAUGUGAAAAGUGGCCAUGUCAAAAUGCCAAAAAUCGAGUCCCGGUCUUCGAGUUCCAAAAGCUACCCAUGCAGAAUUUGCAAGCGUCCACAUCCCCUACGUACAUGUCGUAAAUUCCUGGCAAUGAAUAUGAACGAUCGCAUCCAUGCAGUCCGAAAACAUAAAUACUGUUCCAAUUGCCUGGCUCACGACCACUCACAAGGCACAUGUCUUUCUAAACAUGGAUGUAAGCAUUGCCACAAAUAUCACCACACCUUACUGCAUGUCAAUCCAAGAUUGGCCAAGGACCUCUUGUCCGAUCAUGCAAGGUCCCGCUCUCCUUCUCCUCAACGGGCUUCCUCCUCCAGGACACGUAAAACUUCAUCCUCCAAGUCCACGAAUGACUCUCUCUUGCCGUCGACAAGUAAAUCCGCCUCCCUUACUGCGAUCCUACGUCAGAACACCUUAGUACUUCUUCCGACUGUUCUAGUGAAAGUGGGGUCCACAACCUCACAUGCUCGGUGCCUACUAGACUCGGGAUCAACAGUUAGUCGAGUGGCUAAAAAGUUCGUUGACAAGUUAGAUCUGACAGCUUUUACGUUGCAUGAGGAAACUGUUUGUCCAAUCGUGCUAAAAUCUAGAUUCGAUUCGUCUUCGAAACUUGAAGGAACGUUCCGGGUUGAUAAUCGCAUAUCGAUUCAUACUCCAUCCGAGUCUCUUCCCGAAUCGUACAAAAAGAAUUUCCGCGACCUCUUCCUUGCAGAUUCUAAAUUUUAUGAGUCGGCUCCUAUUGACAUAAUAAUCGGUGCCGACCUUUAUCCGAAGGUCAUUCGCGAGGGCGUUUUUUCGCGAACUGGUUUUCCUACCGCUCAAAGCUCGAUGUUUGGCUGGACUAUUUACGGUCCCUGCUCCUUAUAAUUACGAAAUGCACUUUUAGAAAAGCAAAGUACCAAACGUACUUAUUGAAUUUAUUUUUGAAAUGUACUAUUCCUUAUAAAAUAAGAAAAAAUUAUAUUCUAUGAAUUAAUAUAUGAAUUUGUUAUCCUAAAUUAAGCUUAUUAAUCCAAUAAUUUAUUCCUUUUUCCAUUCCAGAAGCAGUAUCUUAGCAGGACCAAUUGAGCUUUUCCAUUUUUUCGGGCUUUUAAUUAUUUUUUCUAAUUGCACAUACUGCAAGGCGGGCGGCAAUGUUAAUGCCAAAAGCCUUAACUAACUGUGUCACAUAUCCCGUGACUUAGUCUGGGUUCUCCCUAAUAGCAUUUAUCAUAUAUAAAUGCUAGUAGUUACAAAAUAGAUAGUUGCGAUAACUAUCUAUCUCUUUCCUUUUUUUUUCGCCUUAAAUUAAACGUCAUUGGUCCAAAGGUCUAAGCUGCUGUUUCCGGUUUAUACAAAACUAAAUUUUACUUCUUGUCUUUUUCGCAGCUGAACAAAGAGGUAAUAGAAAAAAUCCAAUUUUUCACUUCAAUAAAGAAAUCCUUUAUCCUACAAAAUCCUAAUACUUUGUUUUUUCAUCUUAUUUUAUUUUCAUUCAAUUUCCU